CAACGUAUACAGAAACACAAAAAGAAUAGAAGAAUCAAUGUCUUCUCUUCAUUUUCUUCUUCCCUUCACGAUUUUACUUCUUCUUUUCCAUCAAAAUUAUUGUUUUCCUUCCAAACAAACACUCCUUUUACCGCUCAAGAAAACCCUCGGUGCUCAUCAUCGACGCCCUCUUCCCCCUUCCGCCGUCGCUGUCCCCGCCACCGACAAGUUACCCUUCCGCCAUAAUGUUACGUUAACAGUUUCGUUGUUCGUCGGUUCGCCGCCGCAGGAAGUUACUAUGGUCCUCGACACCGGGAGUGAACUAUCGUGGCUUCACUGUAAAAAAACGCCAAAUUUAAAUUCCGUUUUCGCCCCUCAACUCUCCAAGUCUUACAAACCCGUCCCUUGUAUUUCACCGGUUUGUAAAACCCGUACCCAUGACUUACCCGUACCCGCUUUCUGCGACCCAAAUAAUAAAUAUUGUCACGUGGCUGUCUCUUACGCCGACGCUACCUCAAUAGAAGGAAAUCUCGCGUAUGAAAAUUUCGUUAUCGGAUCUUCGGCCCGGCCCGGGUUUUUAUUCGGGUGUAUGGACUCAGGUUACAGCUCGAAUUCGGAGGAAGAUUCGAAAACUACAGGGUUAAUGGGCAUGAACCGCGGGUCGUUAUCUUUUGUUAGUCAAAUGGGAUUCCCCAAAUUCUCGUACUGCAUAUCGGGUUUCGAUUCGUCCGGGGUUUUACUCCUCGGCGAUGCGAGAUUCUCGUGGCUUCGCGAGUUAAAUUAUACUCCUUUGAUUCAAAAAUCCGACCCGUUACCGUACUACGAUCGGGUUGCAUAUACAGUCCAACUAGAAGGUAUUAAAGUCGGGAAUAUAUUAUUGGGCCUACCGAAAUCCGUUUUUUUACCCGACCACACCGGAGCGGGCCAAACAAUGGUCGACUCGGGUACCCAAUUUACUUUCUUAUUGGGUGAAGUUUAUACCGCUUUACGAAACGAGUUUUUGCAACAAACAAGAAGAGUUCUCCGGGUUUACGAAGAUCCGAAUUUCAUCUUCCAAGGGGCAAUGGAUUUAUGUUAUCAGGUCACGGGUUCAUCUCGACAAAGUUUCUCGAAUUUACCGCCAGUUAGUUUGAUGUUUAGAGGUGCCGAGAUGAGUGUAUCCGGCGAGAGACUAUUAUACCGGGUACCCGAGAUGAGUAAGGGGAACGAUUCGUUGUAUUGCUUCACAUUCGGGAACUCUGAUCUCCUGGGGAUCGAGGCGUUUGUGAUUGGGCAUCAUCAUCAACAAAACGUGUGGAUGGAGUUUGAUUUAGUAAAUUCAAGGGUUGGAUUUGCUGAGAUAAGAUGCGAUCUGGCUGGUCAAAAGCUUGGGGUGGGUCCAUGAAAUGUAGGACCCCACCAAAAGAAUGUAAAAUUAUGAAGGUUUUUUUUGGGUGUUAAUGAUGGACCCACAUAAUUCCUAUCAACGGCCCACCUUGGUUUGACGAAGGUGGACCAUUGAUCGGACAAUGUAUGGCCUUGAUCGGUAAAGCAUGCAAUGUAUGGACUUGAUUGAAAAGGCAUGGGAAUCAUUUCUUUUUAUUGUAUAUAUCUUUUUUUUUAAAAAAAAUUGUUUUCU